CCUUUCUGAAACAUUGAGCAAGUAGCCAGCAGCAGCAGUAACCAGCAGCAAUAACAGCAGCAGCACCAGCCGAAGAGGAGGGCUAUGCGCUCGGCGCCGAGCCGAGGCUGCUGACAUUUCGGCAUCUUCAAGUUUCGUGCACCAGAGGAUUUGAGGCUCAGUUAUCGUAACUCUUAGCAAGAAGUAUUCGCUGAGUAACGAGACUUGUCUAAGUCAGGAUCAGGAGCAUCCUUGGCAACCGGUUAAAUGCACGGCGAUAUUCGCAGAUGCCCAGCACGCACGCAUCGCCCUAAGAUAGACACAUUACUCCAGAAUCAUGCGAGCUACGAGAAUAUUAGUUUGAUCGGGUGCAUUUGGUAAAACGGCUUGAUUCGACGUAACGCUUAGAUAGCUUAGCUGUAGACACGGCUUUUGAUUAACCUCCACGGCUCAGGUCGUUUCUAAACCAGGUCGUUCAGGUCGUUCACACGCACAACGGAACAGUAAGGACAUAGCCAUGAUAUUGGGUUCUAAAACGUCCGUCAUAGUCUGACGCUGAAAAGCUCAUUAUCGAGCCUGCGAACAUGAAAACGGAGAAGAAACCUAGUGAACCAAGCUGUGUUCCCACUACGGUGGUCAAGGAAGAACCAGAUACGGACUCUGUUAAGAUUAAGGAGGAAGGUACGGCUGCCAAUAACGACGAUGCUACUGGCGACGAUGCCACCGAGUGUGCUAGAGACUCUAAUCUUGAUUCAGCUAACGGGGAGAGCACGAUGUCUGGAGAUAAUCAGAAUGGUCCUAGUGGUAAUCAACCAGUCUUGAACUCUGUAAAACAAGAAAAUGAUCCUGCUAAUUCAACAGAGGAACUACCUGGUGAUUGUGGAGGUAAUGUGGGCCUUGCACCAGAUGGUAUUCAACCACUGGUGAGUAAUGUACUUGGAAAGCAAAUGGGAGCUGGGGCAGGUAGUGGCGAAGCACAAUACAUGCAACAACAAAGCCAGAUCUUUGUAUUUUCAACAACACUUGCGAAUAAAGGUGCAGAUGCAGUGCUACAGGGACAAUUCCCAUCUAUCAUUGCUUAUCACUGUGCCCAACCAGGCACCAAGAAAUACUUAGAGAAACAUCCAAAUAAAGUCAAUCAGUUUCGUCAAAAUCCUGCUCAAUGGCUAAACAACCUUGCAAUGAUGAAACAGAAGGGACAGCAAGGUGCGCCAAAUAGUGGAUUCCCGACGGAGCAACCCCCGGAAUUGUCUGCACUGGAUCCAAAUGCUCCACCAUUUUGGAAUGAGCAACCUAAUCUCCGAAACGUUAACGGUGGAAACUCAUUGGGUAACCCGGAGUCAUCGUUGGAUGAUACAAAUAUAGAUGUGCCUUGCCUCGUGCCGAACUCCCCCAACAAUCCAGCUAAUCCGCAACCUCCGUCUACCAAUGCCGCCAUGGGUCAUAGUCCUAACUUAUUAGGAGGUAACACCAGCCCUGGUCCUGGCGGUCUGCAGCCUUCUUUGCAAGGUGUGAAGGUCCCCGAUGAACAAUUGACGCCACAACAACGUCAGCAUCGGGAGGUGCAACUGGCGACUAUAAGAAAAAUGCAAGAAAUAUUAUUCCGCGAAUGCAAAGACGAAGCAGGUGGCCCUCUAGAUCCUGCCCAGGGAACACCAGUUACUUCCGGACCACCGACAAAUGUUCCCUCUACAGGACCUCAGGGUCAAUGUCCUUCAGUUGUGGAUUGGCACAAAUCCGUUGGCAUUGGUCAAUUUCUCGAUGGAAAAAAUAAAGUUGGAGUUGGCAGUCCUGGUACAGUCCCCCUACGCGGAGCAGGUAUGGCAGGUGUACCUCGUGGUCAAGGACCACCUCCUCCAUAUCAUCAAACGACGAGGUCGGCGAGUGUACCUAUUGCCAUCCAGAGUCCGAAUCCCUCCUCGCCGAACAAUCCGACGAGCAAUCUAUCGCUACCGUCGCCGCGAGCAAGUUCGGCCCUAAAUUCACCUGCAGAUUGCAAUCGUCAAUUUCAACUUGGUAACCAAAGACCAGGAGGUCACUUGCCAGGCCAGAGUCCAACUAGUCAGGACUCGCCAAAUCCUGCAGUUGGUACAGCAACGACAUCUUCAACCGCGCGAUUAAAUCACAGUAAUCCUGGAACACCCGUGUCUCAUUCUCAUCUCGCUGCCCUCAGUCCCAGUGGAGCGACGCCACAAAAGGAUUCUUCCCUGGACUUUCCAACAAACCAACCUCCAAGCGUGGAUGGUAUGUUCUGCCGGACGCUGCAAUCUUUAGCUCAACAAAAACAACAACAUGGUGGUACGGUAAACGCCGCUGGUGUCAAGGAGGCAAAUUUAAUGCCGGUUCCUAGCCCACAGCAAAUACAAUAUCUCAAUGCUUUCGAGGGUCAAGAACUCACCAUACAGAAGCAGCCUAAUACGAGUCUCAAAGAUGGGAAUUUACCUACGAGCACGGGCAACAAUACAGAGAUGUCGAAUCGAAUCUUGCCAGGAAGCAUGGAGAGUGGCAAUCAAUUCCCUGCUAGAUCCGAAGGUGCAAGUCCGUCUAUGGAUAGUAUGAACCGAGGAUUUGCUGGUCCGUUACAUAGUCCACACACACCUCAUACUCCACAUACUCCAGGAAGUGCAGCACCCCAUACUCCAGCGGAUCCAACAAAGUCUACGGGCAAGACGACUGCAAGCGCGCAAAGUAGUCCUGCACCUCAUAACAGCAGUAUACCUGAUAGUAUGGGACCUCCUAGAACAGUUCCAGCGUCGCCUAAUAUGAAGGCAGAUACUUCCCCACCGUCGACAAAAGAUCCCCAACAACCACCGGUUGGAAAUCCCAAUAAUCAACCGCAACCCGGUUCAGUUUUGGGUCCAUCUUUUCCAUGUAGCAGGCCGUCAGCAAAUGUUAGUCAACCGUCGGACAACGUACCUUUAAAUCCUAACAAUAUUGGUGGCGGAGGUGGAGGCAAUGGCCGGCUUGGGAACCUGGGUGGAAUGGGCGCCAAUCAUUUUGAUCCCAUAACUUCCUUGGCUCAGAUGAGUCAACAGUUGACGAAUACGGCUGCGAGUAACGCAUUAGGAAACGAUGGUCCAAUGCAUUCUGGUAACUCAGGAAUGAUGCCGUUCAAUCCUCAUGGAAUGCACAUGAUGCAAAUGGGAGAAAUGAAUGGGUGUCACAUGCCUGGUGGAUCCGGCAAUGUUAACGAACCUGGUGAUGUGAGUGGGAUGUGCAUCGGUCUCGGUGGACCACCGACGAGCUACAGUCCAACACCUCAUACAGGUAGUCCCGGUGUUCCCAACAAGAUAGGUCAUCCUAUGAUGGGCCACGGAAUGAUGCAUUCAGGCGGUGCAUAUCCCGGUGAACCUCAUGGGCCCCCAAGACUUAUGGGUCAUGUAUCAGGGCCGAGUCCUUACAACGGAGCCAACGUGCAGGUUAAGCCCAGUGCACCAAACACCAUUCAGUACUUACCAGCCAGGCCUAACGUGGGUCACACGCCAAGAGGACCACCAAGCCUAGACUUCCUUCAGCGCUUCACGAACCCGCUCUCUAAUCUCGAAUCGAAGAUGCCAUCACCCUCAGUGAACCUUCAGUACUUCCCAAAUGGCUGCGUGCCGAACAACAUGGGUCCGCACUCCGGUAUGCCAAACAUGAGUGGCCUACCUGGUAUGGGUGGUUCACCCAGGAUGGACGGUCAACCUAUGAACACUUCCGUCGGCAUUCAUCCCUCGAUGAGGCCUGUUGGCAAUAUGCGACCGCAGCCCAACAUGAUGCGCAUGCAGCACAUGGUCGGCGGCGGUGUUUUUCCCGGAAGUCCAAUGGACCCCGACAAAGUCUUCCCUCCUGACAUGGUACCUCAAGUCCCCAAUCAACCGAAUCUUGGCAUGUACGUGCCCGGCAGUAAGGCCAGUCCCAUGGGGUUGGGACCGCCUGACGCCUCUCAGCCUCUACCACCAAGUAUGGGUGGUGGUGGUAGUAAUUUUAAGAACAGUCCCUUCGUCGCUGGCGGACCCAGUAUGUCCGACCCUAACUACGCCCAACAGUUUCACAAUUUCCAGCAGCAACUUUAUGCGACUGGCACGAGAGGCAGCGGACCGCCACAUCCUAAUCUGCAUCCACCACCCAAUUCGCAUUCGCAUCAGCAGUUUUUCAUGCCCAAGUAAUACACACAUCUCACUUCUCUCUAUGAGACGUGACAUACUUCCUUAAUCCCACUCCGCUCCCUUCAACAUUGACGACGUUUCGCUUCUUCUUAUACGAGAGUUCUACAAGGAGGUGCGCGAUUUACCAAGCCGUAGCUACAUUUAGUCUCGUCCAAUGACACACGAGACCAGGUACACUCGUACAUCAGUAUACCUUGUGUACUCUUUAUUCGCAUAUUUCUGACACACGCGACAGGUUCUCGUUCUUCGAUUGGUUGCAUUUAUUUGGUACUCUAAUUUUUUGAGAGUUUACCGAACCAUAUUGAGUAUCUAAUCGUCAUUGUUAAUUAACAUCGAUGUCGACCUUGAUGUCGAUGUCCAAUAUCGUGGCCGACGUCGAUAUUUUCGUGGUCUUGUAUAUCGGGGUGUGAUGUAUCAAAUCGUGGACAUGGAGGUAGGAGCACGCGAAAUUCCUAGCCGUAACGAUCAGCCCAAUGUGUUUAAUUAGGUAAACAUUAUUACCUAGCUACAAGUCUUCGAGACCCGUAGAGAACGAUUAUGUAAAUUCCAACUGUUACAAAUCUGGGAAUGUGUUUAUUAGCAGUAUUGUAAAUAAGUGUAAAGUUUGGUUUUCCGAGAAACCAAUUGUUUUUUAUUAUUUUUUUUUUUCUUCAGCCGGUAAUACAAUUCGAGUUCGCGUACGACAAUUGAGAUUCCUGGAUGAGAGAAAGUUAUUUAUCUUUGGACGUUGCUCUUCGUGUUGCUCAAGGUAAGGAAUUCGCUUAGAAACGGCAGUCGCACGGAAGAACUUUGGGGGAAAUAAGAAAAAGUAAAGGGAAAAAAAAGAAAUAGUUGAUACGGAGUCGGCAAUAAUUUAUCCUUCCUUAUCACUAAAUACUUAACACAGUCAAGCAAGCUCAAAUUGAUAAUUGUACAUAUAUACGAUAUAUAUACCUGAUACAACAACUCUUAUGAUAUCGCCCCACCAAUCCUUCGUGACCAACUCUGUGCAUAAUCAUGACCCCACGUAGCAUAUAAUGAUAUAAGAAUAAUUGACUAAGAACAAUUAUGUUGUUGACGAAUGAUUUUUAUUAUAAAUGAAAAAUAAAAUAAAGAUAUUUACAAGAA